AUGACUGCCAGGUCUUUAUGGAGCCUAUCUUUGCUAUUAUUAGGUCCUAUCCUGCCCCUGUGGGGAACUCAAAUUUCCUGCUUAAAUGAAGAUGGCAAGCCAGUGGACUGGUAUAUUCUUUACAAAUUUCCAAAGCAUAUGAGGCGUGAUGGUGAUGCUGGAAGUGGGCUAGAAUACAUGUUUAUGGAUUCUGUGACUCCAGCCUGGAAACUAAGUAAAUAUUUCAUCAAUAUGACAGCAUGUGCUCUGGGGCAAACAUUACAGCAGCUCUAUGAAACUUAGAAGGCCAAGAAGAACACCACUGCUUUUGUGAUAUACAAUGAUGAACCACCUAACAAAAUGAACUACAGCUGGACACAUGGCCAUUCUAAAGGGUUUCUACUUUUGGACCAAUACCAAGGUUUCUAGGUUAUACAUAGUAUUCCUAAAUUCCCUCCAUUUCCUAAAGAUGGUUAUGGAUAUCUACCCACUGGAAAAACCUAUGGACAGUCUGUGAUCUGCCUAACAUUCCAAUAUGAUCAGUUUCUGGAAAUAGACAAACAACUGUUGUGCUACAAUCCAAAUAUCUACACUUGCUCCAUCGCAGAGAUCUUUCACGCCAGGCUGUUCAAUCUGCAACUGCUAUGUAGCGGAUCGAAGCUGCCUCCGGGCCCUUGGAAACAACACCUCACUGAGCUUUACUCCGCUCAGGAACAAACUGUCCUCAGCUUUGCUAAAACACGCAAGGAUCACGAAGAUAUCUACGUCACCUGGAUGGCUCAGAAACUGCAAACAGAUUUUCUAGUGGAGUCCUGGCAACAUAUGGGUCAUGCACUUUUCUCAAAUUGCUCUCUUCCUUAUCACGUCUAUAAUAUAAAACUAAUCCAGACACCAUGGAAUUCCUCCUUCUCCUCCUAUCAUGAUAAUGCUAAGUGGUGUGUUUCUCAGCACCUUCAAGACCAAUGGACAUGCUUUGGAGACCUCAAUCAUACAGCUGAGCAGGCUAAGAAAAGUGGUGGUUUUCUCUGCAUCCAGAAUCAGUAUAUUUACAAAGCAUUCAGGUCACUGGUUCUUCGCUAUUAUGACGGCCAUCCUUCACAAGCUUACACAGAAAUUACAUAG